UGUCUUAUGAAAUUUAUAAUAAACCAUUUCAUAUUGACUUUAAUAAUAAAUUAACAAGGAUGGACUGGGCUGAAGGAAACGGAUCUCACUCUCACAACCAGCAUAAUGCUGGGCACAGUCACGGCGGCCACGGGCAGUGUCACGGACACGGGCAUGGUGGGCACGGUGGCCAUGCUCCCGGCUUCAUGCCCGGUUUCCAGUUCAUGCAGAAGGGUGAAGGAAUGCUCGACCCAUCGCAGCUCCCGAAAAAGUUCGCACCAGUGGAGGACAGCAGCAGCUGGGACAUCGUUAAAGCGGCACAGUUCGGAGCAUUCGAUCGGUGUAGGGAGCUGGUGGAAGCUGGUUAUGAUGUUCGACUGCCUGAUAAAGAAAACGUCACUCUGCUGCACUGGGCUGCAAUUAAUAACAGAUUAGAUCUCAUCAAGUAUUUCAUAUCUAAAGGUGCAAUAGUGGAUCAGUUGGGAGGAGAUUUAAACUCGACCCCCCUGCACUGGGCUAUAAGACAGGGUCACCUGCAGAUGGUGAUACACUUGAUGCGUUACGGUGCUGAUCCGACUCUGGCGGAUAAAGAAGGUUACCUCGGCCUCCACCUCGCCGUUCUCUUCCAGCACAUGCCCAUAGCAGCUUACCUGAUGGCCAAGGGACAGGAAGUGGACACACCAGAUAUAAACGGACAGACCUCACUGAUGCUCGCUGCUCAGAAAAUCAUCGGCCCUGAGCCGACCAACUUCCUGCUGAGGUGUAACGCGUCUGUGAACGCUGUGGAUAAAAUGAACAGGAACUCGCCGCUGCAUUGCGCCGUACUCGCCGGAAACGUGGACGCCGUUCACAUUUUGUUGGAGUCUGGAGCCGGCAUCGAUCUGCAGAACGCCGACGGUCACACCCCGUUGGAUUUGGCACACCAGGUGAACAGUCCCCUGCUGAUCCACAUGCUGAAUGUGGUGAAGAACGAACGCAACAAGUCCAGCUCACCCUGCCUGAGAGUGCUCACCAGCUACCGGGUGUAUGUGCUGAAUAUUUUCACUGUGUGUGUAAUGUGGGCAGUAGGAGCGAUACUGGACAUGCGUUCGGAUUCGUGGUUGCUGAAAGGUGUGCUACUUGCGAGUAUCAUGGCCUUCAUCAACUUCAGUAGCAGGAAGAUGGCGAGUGCAGCAGUCCAGGCUCUGAUUCCUGCUACGUUACUCACUGCCUCAGUACUCUGGAUGGUGGUUACUUGGUUCCUCUGGUUCCUUCCUGAGGGCAUCAGUCCUAUGGGACAGGUGAUGUUCAUUGUGAAUGUAUCAGCUCUGCUCUAUUAUUACCUGCGUACCCUCAGAACAGACCCCGGCGUCAUCAGGCUGACCGAAGAGGAGAAGAAGAAGAAUAUUGUAGUUCUAGCAGAAGCUGGAUGUCUUGACCCCAGGAUCUUCUGCACCUCGUGUAUGAUGAGGAAGCCGAUGAGAGCUCAGCACUGUUUUUACUGUAACUCCUGCAUUGCUAAACAGGACCAUCACUCUCUCUGGAUCAACGGUUGCAUAGGUGCCAGAAAUCAUCACUACUUUGUUCUGUUCCUCAUCACGUUCAAUCAGCAUUGUGUCUGGAUGAUAUACGGCAGUUUUGUGUACUGGUCUCAGCACUGCGUGGGCGGGGUCGCAGGUGGCGUGUGGGAUGCAGUUACUGGGCUGCUCACCUGUUCACCCUGGGUCACAUACAUCUGCAUUAUCAGCCUUCUGCACUUGGGGUGGACCAGUGUUACGCUCAUACAACAACUGGUCCAGGUGGCGUUUUUUGGACUGACCACAGCAGAGAGAAUGAGUUUGAUGCGAGGACAUGGAAAACUUCCUCAACCUGUAUCUCUCCGACAGAAUCCGUUCAAUCGUGGGGUGUUUAAGAACCUGGUGAACUUUUUCCAGUUGCGUUGUUGUGGUUUGUGUAAACCGCUGGUGUUGGACUGGACUCAGGAGUUCCACAUGGGAUUAAACCAGGAUCAUGGCAUGUUCCACGGAUCGAAUUCUGUCUGACCUGUUUCACAUUUCAAUUAUAUUUUUAUCUUCACAGAUAAAGAACAAAACUUCAUGUGAACUCCACACACACACAACACUCACUGUGUUAUCAUUUGCGUUCUUUCCUCAUUAGAUUACACUUUUAAGAACAGUUUUGCAUUCUCUUAUUUAAAAUUUAAGUAAUAAACACAUGUGGACCAAACUGAAAAGCUUUUCUGCAAAUCUUAACACACACUUAUAUAUAAAAAUAAUGGUUGCAUGUGCAAGACUUCUAAAACUUAGUACCACCCUCAUUGGCAGAGAUCACAGCUUGUGAACUUCUGUUGUAGCCAGCUAGCAGCCUUUCUGUUUUUGUUUUAGGACUUUUUAUACUUCUGCACUGUUUCCUGUGCCACUGGCUGAAACACAACCCAAUGAGUAAUAGAUUUACCCCUGUGCUUCCUCGGACAUCAAAUGUUGCUUCUUUUUGCUAUUAAGAGUAUGUGAGCUUGGGUGGCGCAGCGGGAUAAUCCACUAGCUCGGCAGCACUGAGAUUCUGCACUCCCGGGUUUGAAUCUCUUGGACUCUGCUACCGGUCAGCAGAUAAAAUUGGCUUCCAGUGUGUUGGGUGGGAAAGACUGGACUAAAGGUUGUGGUUAUCAAAGCUGUGUAUGGACCUUGGUUGCUGUACAGAAAGUAGAGGAGUGCAGAGAUCAGGCAUGGCGCCAAGUAUGGGAGAAUAAGAAGGGAUUGUUAGGACUGCGCAAACACCAGAGGGAGUGUGUAUCAGGCGAAUAUACACCCUACUUCGACGCUGUCAGGGUCCCCAGCAGCGGAUUGGCAAUGCUGAAUUGUAAAAUGGGUAAAAUGCAUAAAAAGAUGAUUUAAAAAAUAUACCUUUGGUGCAUAUAGUUAAAGAGCUUUAAUAAAACUCAAUCAGCCAUAAAUGCCUCUGGAUCAUCUAGAUUUCUUUUGGUUUUCCUUGUCUUGUCUUCCACAGUUGCCCUUAAUGAUCACAUAUUAAUGACACUGUAAUGACCUGGCAGACUUGGUGUUUUUAUACUCACCCUGGCCGUGGACAAUCGAUUUGCUUCCAUGUUUAAAGUCCUUCCAGUAAAUUCUUUCUAGUGAGUCUCUAAGUAGUUUUAGUUUUAGUGCUAUUAUUUUUAAAGUUAAUAAAAUCAGAAGUAAGUGUUAACAUUUGCAGAAAAAACAUGACGACUCCAUCACCAUACCUGUUUAAAAUGUUAUUACAUACAUAAACAUCAUUUCUCAGUCCAAAUCAGGGUUUUUUUUCCCAAAUGAGCUCCGUACUGCCUCCAUAAGCUCCUCAGUACUGUUCUUUACAUUCCUUCGAGGCUUCUUCUAAGUUCCUUUCAAAGACGCCCACUAUGACACGUUAUAUAUGCUCAGUUUAUGACUGCAAUAGACUCCCUUCCUAAAUUCCUUACAUAGACACUCCUUAAAGCUUCCUUACAUGUACAUAAGAUCAAUACAUGUGGCUUGUGUUGUUCACUCGCUCUCUACUCACGCGUGGAACCUGGAGGCAGAGACUAAACUUUAAAUCGUCCAAUAUAAGAAAUAUGAUGUGUGUGAAUAUCACGGCAUCUUAUUUAGGUGAUUAUCGGUAUAUGCUGAUCGACGUACACGGUAAUAACAUAAUAAUAAUGUGCUUUAAAGGGUACAUAUGAUAAUCAAGAUGUUUAUACAGAUUUAUAUGUGUAAAUUAUAUAAAUAUAUAUUUUGAUCAGAGGUUUUUGUAACCAAGUGCUUUUAUAUUUAGCCUUACUGUUUUUUUUUUUACAAGACUUUAUAUAAAUUUUCUUUUGAUUGAGGGAACCAAGUUGAUUGUGAUUGUUUUCAUUAAUUGCAGGAUGUUUUUGAUCCUGUUGUGAUUUGAAACAGAACAGAU